AGGAGGGUGGGACGCUCCGCACUUCUACGUUAACGUUGGACAGAAAUCAGUGCAAUGAGCGGGCUGACUUUGUUAUGAACAUUUUAGCGUGACUAAGGCCAUCUUCCUUCUGGUCGCUCGCUAGUCCUUGUGUAUUUCGUUAUCUUUCUCGUCAGUUUUUUUGUGUCAAGAACCGGCCGCCCGUGCGAGGAGUGCACACCCCGCCGGAGCGCGAGACGCAGCCAGCCGUUGCAGCAGCAGCGCUUCACUGUCGGCUCGCGCGGACGAACUGACGAAGAUGACGGUGGAUUUCGAGGAAUGCCUCAAAGACUCCCCCCGAUUCCGGGCGGCUAUAGAGGAGGUGGAGGUGGAUGUGGGCGAGCUCGAGGCCAAGCUGGACAAGGUGGUGAAGUUGUGUAUCGGCAUGAUAGAUGCCGGGAAGACGUACAACGCAGCCAACAAGCAGUUUGUUAAUGGCAUUCGGGAGCUGGCCCAGCAGUCCGCCAAAGACGAGGUCAUCGAGUCCAGUUUGACCAAGUUUGCAGAAAGCCUGCAGGAGAUGAUCAACUACCACACUAUCUUGUUUGACCAGGCCCAGCGGUCCAUCAAGUCACAGCUCCAAGCCUUUGUCAAAGAGGACCUGCGUAGGUUCAAGGACGCCAAGAAGCAGUUUGAUAAAGUGAGCGAGGAAAAGGAGACAGCGCUGGCCAAGAACGCGCAGGCAGCACGCAACAAGCCGCACGAGGUGGAGGAGGCAACCAACAUCCUGACGGCAACACGCAAAUGCUUCCGUCACCUUGCUCUGGACUACGUGCUGCAGAUAAAUGUUCUUCAGUCCAAAAGACGCUCUGAAAUCCUGAAAUCAAUGCUGUCCUUCAUGCAUGCCCACCUCACCUUCUUCCAUCAGGGUUACGACCUUUUCAGUGAACUGCGUCCCCUCAUGAAGGAGCUGGGAGGACAGCUGGAUCAGCUGGUGGUGGAUGCAGCCAAGGAGAAGCGGGACAUGGAGCAGAAGCACUCCACCAUCCAGCAGAAGGCCGCAUUGCAGGACUUCUCCAAUGAUGACACGAAGCUGGAGUACAACGUGGAUGCGGACAACGGCAUCGCCAUGGAGGGAUACCUCUUCAAGAGGGCCAGUAAUGCCUUCAAGACGUGGAACAGGCGCUGGUUCUCCAUCCAGAACAAUCAGCUGGUCUACCAGAAGAAAUUUAAGGACAACCCCACAGUGGUGGUGGAGGACCUGCGGCUGUGCACAGUAAAGCCCUGUGAGGACCUUGAGCGACGGUUCUGCUUUGAAGUGGUAUCCCCAACCAAGAGCUGUAUGAUGCAGGCAGACUCGGAGAAGCUCCGUCAGGCCUGGAUCAAAGCUGUCCAGAGCAGCAUCGCUACGGCCUUCCGGGAGAAGGGGGAGGAUGCCGAGAAGCUGGACCGGAAAUCCUCGACAUCGACGGGCAGCCUGGACUCGGGCGGUGAGCACAAGGAGCGCUCCCUGAAGGGCGACGGGGCACUACAGCGGGUCCAGACCAUCCCCGGCAACAGCAACUGCUGCGACUGCGGCCAGGCGGACCCCCGCUGGGCCAGCAUCAACCUGGGCAUCACAUUGUGUAUCGAGUGCUCUGGCAUCCACAGGAGUCUGGGCGUCCACUUCUCCAAGGUGCGCUCCUUGACGCUGGACACCUGGGAGCCAGAGCUGCUCAAGCUCAUGUGUGAGCUGGGCAACGCCGUAAUCAACCAGAUCUACGAGGGCCGCAGGGAGGAGAUGGGUGCCAGGAAGCCGCAGCCUGGAGACCCCAGGCAGGAGAUCGAGGCCUACAUCCGCGCCAAGUACGUGGACAAGAGGUUUGUGCGGAAGCCGUCGGCCACCGAGCAGAGGGCCACCAUCACGGCUCUCAGGAAGCAGGAGCAGCGGCUGAGCGGCAGCCCGGAGCACCUGCCCCCGCGGCCACCCCCUCCCACCCCCAAACUGAGGCCCCCCUCCAGCACCUCAGCUGUGGCCGGCGGCGGCGAGGCCCGGCGUGACUCUCUCUUCUGUCCCGAUGAGCUUGACUCGCUCUUCUCCUACUUUGACACCUCUUCCAAGCUGCGGAGCAUGCGGAGUGCGGACAGCGGUAUCCAGAACAGUGCGGCUGGGAGUCGUGAGAUGCUGCCCUCCACGCCGUCCGCAGAGAGUCUUAGUGAAGCAGAGGCGGCAGACACAGGCCCAUCACUGCCCACGGCCCGGACCGAAUCGCCCAUCUUCCACGAGCUGAGCGACGCUUGUCCUGGCCUGCAGCUGUACUGGGCAGCGUGUGUGUGCAGUCUGCGCGACAUGGCUGAGGCGCUGGCCCAUGGCGCUGAUGUCAACUGGGCCAACAGCGAAGAGGAGAACCGGACGCCGCUCAUCCAGGCCGUGCAGGGGGGCUCCCUGGUGACCUGCGAGUUCCUCCUCCAGAAUGGCGCCAAUGUCAACCAGCCCGAUGUGUGCGGUCGCGGUCCACUGCACCAUGCUACCAUCCUGGGACACACAGGACAGGUGUGCCUGUUCCUGAAACGGGGGGCCAGUCAGAACGCCGUGGAUUCGGAAGAGAAAAGCCCCCUGUCCAUCGCCGUGGAUGCGGCCAAUGCGGACAUCGUGACAUUGUUGCGUUUGGCCAAGAUGAGCGAGGAGAUGCGGGAGGCGGAGGGACCCUACGGCCAGUCAGGAGACGAAAUCUACGAGGACAUUUUCCGCGAUUUCUCUCAGAUGGCGUCCAACGACCCGGAGAAGCUCAACCGCUUUCAGCAGCACGACACCCAGAGGCCCUGAGGCAGAAAUAACAGCGGUACAAUGUACAGCGCCCCCCCAGUGGGCAGUCUGAGCCACUAGGUGCUGUUUUUAUAAUGCAGAAAUUUGAGGGGAGAUAAAUUUGAUCAAGUUUUAAUUUCACAAACUAACAAAUUGGAACCAGGAUUUUUAAUUGAAGUUUAAAUGCAACCGUACACACUGCACCUUAAACGUCCUCAAUUGAACAUUGAGGUUGCAGGAUCCAGCACACUGUGACUUCACUUUGCCUUAUUUGCCAUUAUCAAACCUCACUAAAAUGAGUUAUUUUCUGCCAUCGCUCCAAUUUAAAUUAUUAUUGCUUUUAUAUACAAUUUCUUUUCCUGUUUGAGUGUUGCACGUUUCCCAUGUCUGAAGUUUAAAUACAACAUUCAGGUCAUUUUUUACCACCGCGUGAGCUGUGUGUGUGUGUGCAGUAUUGAGUGCCAUGUGGUAGAACAUACACCCUCCCCCUGCCGGUUUAUUUUAAAAAUAUCAAUUAAAUUGAUUUUAUUCUAAUGCUUACUGUCCCUCUGAGCCUUUGGGUGUGUAAAUAGUCUCCCAUUUAAUCCGUUUCUGAGGGUAACUUUGCCAACAGCAGAUAAAACAGGGGCCGAUUCAGUGUGGGAGGAGUGCCAGCUACUCAAAUCACCAACUGGAAGUGCAGCUGUGCAUCUUCUGCAGGAGCUUCUUCCACGCACAUCUGUCACUGGAGCGGCUGGUGGGGGGAAUCGGAGAACAGCUGGUGAGCUGGGCAUCCCACACUCUGUUUCUCCCCCAUCCUGCUGUGGAGUAUUAAGAGCCAUAAGGAGUAGUCUCCCUCACCUGUCAGACAAAUGAUGUAAAUACUGUACAUUCUCUGUACACCUGCCCAUCAACUGUUUCCAUUAAAUAAUAGGUACUGGAAUCAUGUAAACAAA